UUGGAGUUUAGAGUGGAGAACUUGGAGAACGUGAACGUCAGUGAACGUCAUGUGGAAUGCGAAUAUAUGUACGAAAUAUAUGUAUAUAUACGAGAAAAACAUUAAUUACGUCAAUAUUAUUGCAAUAAAAAAAUUUAGAGUUGUUAAUUGUGAUGAUUGAAGAAAAAAAAGGAGAAAUACGUCACAGCUGACAGCUGUCAUAAAUGUUUUAUUUGUUUAUUUAUGUUAUUUUAAAUAAAAUAAUCUUUCGGAGUACUAAUUAAACCGUUUUUAUCAAAAACUGUGAAAUAAUCAUACAUAUUUUGAAUGAUCUUCGACAUGUUUUUUAACCCUGAUACUUGUAAUAAUAAUAAUAACAAUAAUAGUUUGCUAAAAUAAUAAAUUCCCCGGCAACAGUAUGGAGUGAAAUAAUUAUCAAUCAUCAUUGUGCUGGUCAUUUUAGUUUACAUGAAACAUUCAAAAGUAAAUAUUUAUCGUGGCACAAGUAAUAAAUCUAUUUAAUGAUUGUAAACAUUAAAAAAAUUUAAUAUUCAUUAUUUGCCGUUAAAUAAAUUCGAGUUUAAGCGACUGACUUCAAUUAAAUAGAUGUUAUGAUUUUGGGAAGAUGCUUAUUUUUUAAUUCAACACGUUUAUUAUCUAAGUUUACCAAAAUUUCCAACAAUAAUUAUCGGAGAGUUGUUCACGCGCAAUUACCAGCUAAUGCUUAUCAAUUACAAAGGUCAAGGUGCAGAAAACUGAUAGUAAGAAUGGCAUCGACGUCUCACGGAGAUACUAAGGACAAAAAAAAUAAAUUGGCGCUGGAAAAGUCUUCGUAUUUAUUACAGCAUGCUAGCAAUCCAGUUGACUGGUAUCCCUGGAGUGAUGAGGCGCUGGAAAAGGCCAAGAGAGAAGAUAAAUUGAUAUUUUUGUCUGUGGGUUACUCGACCUGUCACUGGUGCCAUGUUAUGGAGAAAGAGUCCUUUGAAAAUGACGAGAUCGCUGAAAUUAUGAAUAGAUAUUUUGUUAAUAUCAAAGUCGAUCGUGAAGAACGACCUGAUAUUGAUAAAAUAUACAUGACUUUUGUCCAGUCAAUUUCAGGACACGGUGGAUGGCCAAUGAGUGUAUUUUUAACACCGACGUUGAUUCCUAUUAUGGGUGGCACCUAUUUUCCUCCAGUUGAUAAAUUUGGACAGCCUGGUUUUAAAAAAAUUUUACUGAGCAUUGCACAUAAGUGGCUGGAAAAUAAGAGGGAUUUAUUAAAAUCGGGAACUAAAAUUCUUGAGAUAUUAAAAACAUCUGCUGAAAGUAAACACUCAAGCUUAACCGGCAAAAAUCCACCACCUAAAGAUUGUGGUAAAUUAUGCGUACAGCAACUAAUAAGAUCUUAUGAUCAUGAAUUCGGUGGCUUUUCUGACGCGCCAAAAUUCCCACAGCCAAUUAAUUUGGAAUUACUGUUCCAUAUGUAUGGUCGUGAUGCUAAAGAUGAAAUGAAUCAGGAAUGUUUGAGUAUGUGUACACAUACUUUGACCAAAAUGGCUAAUGGUGGAAUUCAUGAUCAUGUUGGCCAGGGUUUCGCAAGAUAUUCAGUGGAUGGAAAAUGGCAUGUACCGCACUUUGAAAAAAUGUUGUACGACCAAGCACAAUUAUUACGCUCGUACGCAAACGCUUACAUUGUUACAAAAGAUAAAUUUUUUUCUGACGUUGUUGAUGAUAUUGUCACUUAUUGUGUUCGAGAUCUGCGGCACAAGGACGGAGGAUACUACAGUGCUGAAGAUGCUGAUUCUUUGCCGACUGCUGAGGCUACUGCUAAGCAAGAAGGUGCUUUUUACGUCUGGACAAUGGAAGAAAUUGAAACUCAUUUGGAGAAAAAAAUUCCCGACCGUGAUUUAAAAGUAAGUGAUAUUUUUGCGUACCAUUUUAAUGUAAAAGAAGAUGGUAAUGUUUCUCAAAGACAAGAUCCACAUGGCGAGCUGACGAAUAAAAAUGUCUUGAUUGUCUUCGGUAGUGUUAAAGAUACCGCCGAUAGAUUUGAUUUCAGUGUAGAAGAUGUAGAGAAGUAUUUAGCAGAAGCUAAACUAAUACUUUUUGAAGCACGUUUACAGAGACCUCGGCCACACUUGGAUGACAAGAUAAUAACAGCGUGGAAUGGCCUUAUGAUAAAUGGUUUAGCGUACAUAGGUGUUGCAAUUAAAAAUAAACAGUACAUACAAUACGCUGAAGAUGAUACUAAUUUUAUAGAGUGUUAUUUGUAUGACAAAAAGAGUAAAAUUUAAUUACGAAGUUAUUAUCGCGAUGAUGGAGAUAUAAUAAUGCAACCGUAAAAAACUGCAAAACAUGGUUUUCAUACAGAUUACGCGUUUGUAGUUCAAAGAAAACUUGAUUUAUACGAUGCGAAUUUAAAUAUCCACUCGCUUGAGCUUGCUGAAGAGUUGCAGGAUAUUCAAAAUAAAUUAUUUUGGGAUGAUAAAGAUGGUGGUUAUUUCAAUACGAUUAACAACGAUAAGAAUAUAACCCUGAGACUAAAAGACGAACACGAUGGCGCUGAACCUUCAAGUAAUUCAGUAGCAUGUGGCAAUUUAUUACGAUUAGCGUCUUGUUUAAGCCGCACAGAUUACAACAGCAAAAUUGUUGAAUUACUAAGUUUUUUUGGUGAUACUUUAAUGAGAAUACCUAUCGCAAUUCCUGGAUUAUGUUGUUCUUUAUUGCAUUACUGGGACACCACCACUCAGAUAUAUAUCGCCGGUAAAAGAGACGCUAAAGAUACUGAGGAGUUACUUAGCAUCAUUAGAGAUCGCUUGAUUCCUGCGAAAUUAAUCAUACUCACAGACCCCGACGACUCUGACUCGGUGUUAAUCAGACGAAACGAAGUUGUAAGUAAAAUGAAAAUGCAGAAUGGUCGGGCUACUGCUUACGUAUGUAGACAUCGCACUUGCUCUCUACCGGUUGUUGAAUCAAGGCAGCUUGCUGAACUUAUCGAUGAGGAUAAUUGAAUUGAUACUUGAUGAAUAUUUUAAAUCCCGGCGGGUCUAAGACAAUAGCUUAAAAAAUUACUGAUAAGUUAUUGAUAUACUUUUUAACUUUAGAGAUAAUAAACGUGAUAUGGAUAUUAGUGAUGUAAAUCAAAUAAACACACUUGUAGAUGUGUACAAAAAUUGUAAUUAAUUGAUAAAAGCUUUAAAUUAAAAUAAAUAUAUCAAUUCAA